AUGUCGAACGCCAUAACGCCGUGCUCUCUUGCGCUGGAUUCUCGACAAACUCCUAUCGAACUGCCUUACCCGGCUACGAAGCUCGUUGUUGGUCAACAUUUCUGGAUUCAUCCAUCUCAACGAUCCUGGGCUUGGCUAGUAGUUGGUUCAUUUUACAACUCCGACGAUUGUGAGCUCUGGCAUAUCGAGAUUUUUAUCGGGUGUAGAGACGAUAACGCCCCUAGACUCACUGUGUCUCUAAUAUCCAACGAACCUGACGCGGCUGAAACCUCUUCAGUAGACGAACAAAACGAAUAUUCUAGAAAUAAUACAGAAACAGAAUUUGACCUUGGUAGCGUUCUUAGCGGGGAUAUCGGUACUGAACUGCAGGGAGAGCUCCUAGGCGAAUUUUGCACUCCCGCCGUAGGCUAUCCCGGGGAAUACACGUAUUAUAACCCUACCUUCACACCGAUCAUGGCCGCCCAGGGAUUUGGGAAUGGGUGGCACCCGCAGUUUGGUCAAGACCAGGCUAGAAACCCGAAUGCUAGUCCUUCAUUUGGCAACGUCAUUCCCGGCGUCGUCUAUGCCGGUACCAGUGGAUACAACUACAUCCCGAGCCAGGGCGUCCCUGGUCUAGCCGCCGGUGUUGCCCCUGGACCAAACAGCCAGGCUCCGGUCUACGUCAUCCCUCAGAAUGGAUAUAACCACCCGGUUCCUGUAUUUCCCAGCCAGGGACCUCGUCUGCCUAACCCUCACCCGGUUGUCAAUCUCGAUGCUCCGGCUCUGAACUUGAACAACUCUACCGGUGGUGUCGGCUGUGAGCCCGGAUACAACUACUUCUUCCCGCCCAAACACACGAAGCUACAUGUUCUCAAAUCGUCGACUGCUCCAUGGCGACUCCCCGAGGGCAUGUCGAUUAACUUCGGUGCUUACCACGUACCUAUCAACACAACGUUGGCGGAGCUUUUGGCGGGAUUUGGAGCUCUAAACCCAUGCCCAAAGAAGAACAAGGUCACCGAGGUGAUUCAAGGAGGGAACGGGAAAUGGUAUAGGGGGGUCACCUUCUCGGGUGAUAACGAACCUGACAUGGCCCAAACCCUGAAAGAUCUGGGCUGGGACUGUUCGCGAACAGGACGUACAGGAGAGAAGCCCGUCAUCUGGCUUUGGAUCACAAAGGAUUAAGUAAUAUUCAACAGGCAUAUCUGGCCGAAUAUUUAUUUGUAACUAGGAGGACUACUUGCGACAAUUUUUUUUUCUUUUUUUUCUGGAACUACACACACCUGGCGCCCUUGACCAAUGCACCAAUAAGACCUAUUAGUCUAUACACAGGUACCUAUAGUUAGGUAUGCU